GCGCGGGUGCCGGGGCAGCAUUGGCAGCGCCGCUCCGCCCCGCGCGUUACCCAGGAGGCCGCGCGCCGCGCCGAGGUCAAGAUGGCGGCGAGGGCGUCUGUUGCAGGAGGUGGUCGCAUGCUAGACAGGCUUCGCAAGUGGUAUUACAAUGCAGCUGGGUUCAACAAACUUGGGUUAAUGCGAGAUGAUACAUUGAAUGAAGAUGAUGAUGUAAAAGAAGCAUUGAAGAGACUUCCAGAACAUCUUUACAAUGAAAGAGUAUUUCGCAUAAAGCGAGCGCUAGACUUAAGCUUGAAACAUCAGAUCCUUCCAAAAGACCAGUGGGUGAAGUAUGAAGAGGAUCACCGUUAUCUUGAACCAUACCUAAAAGAAGUAAUCCGUGAAAGACAUGAAAGGGAAGCAUGGAACAAGAAGUAACUAUUGAACUACUUCAUGCAAAUAUCCGUGUAUUUCUGAUAUUUUUAAACAUUUGGUUGUAUAAGUCCAUAGGGAGGCAAUUGUGAGGCUGAGGAAUACUGUUUCAGCUUGUUCAUUGAGUCUGAUCAUCCAACUAAAAUAAACAUGUCAAACUAUAAAAAUCUUGGAAGAGUUCUUUCUAAAUGUUAACAAGCUAAUGUUCGGAUCUCUCCUGUGAGCAUAUACAUUACACAUUAGUGGUAUGCAGUCUUCAUUCCAGCUUUUGAUUCUUACUCUUUUCAUCAUACAGCUGUUUUCUGCAGUAGAAGAGUUAGGUAAGAAAUGUUCAAGGCUGUUGGUGCUAGUUGCUCUCAUAAACUAAAAAGGAUUUGGUAUUCAUUCGUCACUUGUCACUGUGGACAACAAUACUGAACCAGUGUUUGAUGUUACAAUGGUAUUGUGAGACAGCAGAAUGUAAUGUUCUGUGCACCCAAGCAGAUAUGUAUUGUAAAAAUGGAAAAUAAAGAUGAUUCCUUAAUCAUAAAAUAGGAAAUGUUUCAUUAACUUUUUAUACCAUAUACAUUGUUAAGCCUUAAAAACUCUUUUCCUGUAAACUGUAAUGACUGUCUCACUUCAGCUUUUUGAGACUUUUUAUUCUUGAAAAGAGUAAAAGUGAUACUCUGAUGUGCUUUAAACAACAUAGCACUUAACACAGUUGACUUCUCAUGUAUUUUUCUUCAUCACCUAAAGCAUGCUCAAGUUAUUAGUGAUCGGUAUCCAGAAAAUACUGGCCCUUACUGGCUGAAGACCUGGAGUUUAGUCUUCCGUAGUUUAAUGGUAGUGUUAAUUUGAGACAGAUACUGAUGUUAGACAUGAAAUUCAAAGCCUGUCAUAUAACCUUCUGUACAAAGUACACAAUCUUGCAUGAUGGCCUCAAGGUUUGCUUUUUUCCUUUUGUUAUGCAUGCUUGUCUGCCAAAUGCAAUACUUGGUUUACCAAAAGAAAAAGGAGCAAACCGCAUCUGCAGUUUUGAAUUGGUAUGACCAGAUAAAUAAAAUACUGGAUUAGAAGCUUUUAGCUUUGCUCAUCACUCUGUUACUAACCUUCACCUGCUUGCCAAAGUCCCUUACAUCUGUAGGAUGGAUGCAGUGAUCCUUGGGUGAAAUACCUCAAAACUUGACAGCCUGAUGUGGCAAAACAAAAUUCUGCAAAAAUAUCUGCACUGCCAAUAUUCCUUUAAAGUCUCUGUGGAGAUUGUAUUAAGAAUUUGAGGUUUCUUUUUUUUUUUCCUGUAUUAAAAAUCUAAUGAUUGAAUCAUA